AUGGUUAUGGAAGCUGAAAAAAAAGGGGUUUCUUCAUCUUUGAAAAGCUCAACAAUCUUGAGGCAACAACCGCAAAAAUCCACUGCAGGUGCUCUUGAUGAUAUGUUCAAGAUUAUGGACAAAAAUAGUGUUGAUAUGAAGGUGAUGAGAGGAUUGUGUGCUAAUGGAAUUCCAUUUAAUGUGUUAAGAAAUCCCCAAUUUCAUGAGAUGAUUUCAGCUAUAAAUAAUGGACCCAGGGGUUAUAAGGUACUAGCUCAACCAAUAUCAAAUUCAUCUGCUGAAAGGAAUUGGAGUACGUAUUCAUACAUUCACAGUGUCAAGAGAAAUAGGCUGAAUGCUGAAAGAGCUGAUAAAUUAGUUUUUAUUCAUUCCAAUAUUCGUUUGCUUUCACGUUUCUCCGAAGGCUACAAUAAUGGAACUUAUAAGAGAUGGGACAUUAAUCCAGAAUCAACGGAAGUAGAUGAUUCGCCAAUGAGAUUGGAGGACUUGCGAUGGAGAAUGUUAGACGAAGACUAUGUUGAUGAGGAAGAAUCAUCGCGUACCAAGAAUACUUCAAGCAGACCUUGGGCUGAUGUCUUUUGGGCCCAAACUAGCUUUCUGGGUAUUAGUACUAGAAAACAGGGGAAACUUCCCUCGGGCUCAUGCAAAUGCAUUAAGGAACUACUGUUAGACAAUGUCCAUGUGGGAAGUUUCACCAUUGAAAGCUUGUCUUUGGAAUCAUUUACGUUGUUGUAUCGCCAUAAUAGUGACCCCUGUCAUUUCAGCAUCUCAGGUGAGAAACUUGCUGAGAUAAAUAUAAAGUGGGAAAAUAGUAAAGCUAGCAGCAGUAUUACCAGAUCAUUAAAUGUUUAUGCUCCAAAUCUCAAGUAUUUGAAAUGGAUUGGGAAUUUGUUGAAUUACCAAAAUUUGGGGAAAUUUAUGUGUUUAGAGACGGCUCAUAUCUUUCUCAAGCGUCAGGGAGAUGACUAUGACUUUGACAAUGCAUUUGAGGUUCUUUGCAGUUUCUACAGGGUUAAAUCACUUGUUCUGAGCGAGGAGACCAUUAAGGUUUUGCUCAGGGAAGGUUCCAUGCAUGCCCCAUUGGAUGGUACUAUUUACUUGGGUAUGCAUAUUAUGAACUUGACUGAUGACCUAGUCCCUGCAAUGGUAUCUCUUCUGAGAGGAAUGCCUAAUUUGAAGACUUUGUACAUCAAUUCUUACCCUUCCUUGCACAUUGUUAAACCAAAAGCCUGUGGUUUUAAGAGGAAAUACUGGAAAUCCCAAAAUCUGGAUUGUAUUCAUCAGCUUGAGGAGGUAUCAGUAGCACUCUCCACUGGUUAUCGUACUAAUGCCUUGGAGUUCGCAACAUAUAUUCUUGAGCAUGCUCCGAAAUUGAAGAAAAUGGUCAUAUGUUAUUUACCCCACCAGUUCUAUAUUAUAGAGAGGAUAAAUAAAAGCAAGAAAAUUUCCUCUGCAACUGUUGUCUUUAAGAAAAGAGGAGUGAAUGACGAUGGAGCAAUGGGUGAAAGUUAUUAUGGGAAGCUCUUUCACUUGCACCGGUUCUGAUCUUGUACUUUUCUUAGAGGAAUGGAUGGAGGAAACCUAGUCUUGUGUUUCUGUUUUUGGUAUUGUUAUCAAUGGGGUGGAAUUGUAUUUUUAUGUUUCAAAUCUUAUUGAGCUUAAAUCAAGUAGUAUAUAUAUGUCAAAUGCAAAAUAUAGGGUAUCCAGUGUUUUAAGUUACUUUGUAGGCAUGUAGCCGUGAAAUAUUGCUAUAAACAAAAGUAGUGUUCGGCAUCUUGAACUUUUUCUUUAUUUUGUGGAAAGUGGUUAUUUACAGUACUUGGCCUUUAACCCAGUACAAGGAUAUGGAUGUCAAUUAUGUAG